AGAACGAGUGCAGUGGGAGGAGAGGGGAGGUGGGGAGCAUGAGGUUCCUGCCCCUCUGAGACCACAGCCAGUUGAGGGGCAAAUAAGGCAGCUGGACGGAAAUUAGGCCUCUAUUGGAUUUGGGUCCGUUUCAGUUUGCACGUUCUGGGUGUGAAAACUUAAGAGCUCAGUUGACCAGUGAUAGCCUGUGCCAGAAGUUGAUCUGCAGCUUUCAGUGCUCCAGAGGAACUGCAGCAGGUCUUCUGUCCCCACCCUCUCCUUGCUGCACCCUCCUUUUCCACUGUUACCAGGAGCUGUGGAAAGAAAUCCUUUUGCCCUCUCGCAUGGCCUCUGGAACCGUUGGAAACCUUUCCUCUAACCAGAAAGGCUCCAUGCCCUCAUUCAACAAGAAUCCUUCACUUGGAGUCUUCCUCUUUUCUCCCAAAUCUUCCUUCUUGGGGUACUUUCCCCCUGUGCUCUCCUAAAGCAGAACCAGGAGUUCCCAGCUCUGCUGUCUCCAGUUGUCUCUUCCCUGUACUCAUGGCAACAUCAGCUACCAGCCCCAGUUCACCUCUCCGGGCCAAGGAUCUCCUGAGUGAUUCAUCAGAAGCCCCUGGGCUGAACCAAGCAUCCUCUGAGGUGACCUCCCAGCUGUAUACUUCUUUGCACCUCAGUCGUCAGGCAGAGAGCACAGCCCGAGCCCAGCUGUUUUUGCCCGCCACCUUCCCACCUCCUCACGAGGUGUUAGAUGGCUUGGCCCAAGAACUGAGUCACAGCUUGUCGGUUGGAUUGGAGAACAACUUGAAGAAGAAGGAUGGUUCCAAGCAUAUCUUUGAGAUGGAAAGUGUUCGGGGUCAACUCCAGAGCAUGUUCCAAACCUCACGAGAUACGGCCUAUCAGGAGUCCGCUACUCCAGGUGCCGGCUCAGAGAGACGGGAAGAGGACUCCUUUGACAGUGACAGCACGGCCACCUUACUUAACACCCGGCCCCUGCGCGACUUAUCUCCAUCUAGCUCAGCCCAAGCCCUGGAGGACUUGUUUCCCCGCUACACCAGCCUUCGGUCAGGGCCCCCACUCAAUCCCCCGGAUUUUCAGGGGCUGAGAGAUGCACUGGAUUCAGAACAUACCCGUCGCAAGCAUUGUGAGCGCCAUAUUCAGAGCCUGCAGACCCGCGUGCUAGAGCUUCAGCAACAGUUAGCUGUGGCCGUGACUGCCGACCGCAAGAAAGACAUCAUGAUUGAACAACUGGACAAGACCCUGGCCCGCGUGGUGGAGGGCUGGAACCGGCAUGAAGCUGAGCGGACAGAGGUGCUUCGGGGACUCCAGGAGGAGCGCCAGGCAGCUGAACUCACUAGAAGCAAGCAGCAGGAGACAGUAACCCGCCUGGAACAAAGCCUUUCUGAGGCCAUGGAGGCCCUGAAUCGUGAGCAGGAAGGUGCCAGACUGCAGCAACGGGAAAGAGAGACACUGGAAGAGGAAAGGCAAGCUCUGACCCUGAGCUUGGAGCUGGAACAGCAGCGGUGCCGGGCCCUGCAGGAAGAACGGGAUGCGGCUCGGGCUGGGCAACUCAGUGAGCAUCAACAGUUGGAGACACUUCAGGUGGCCCUAGAGGAAGAACGGCAGACCUGGGCCCAGAAGGAGCAUCAGCUUAAGGAAUGCUACCAGGCACUGCAGGAGGAGAGCCAGGCUCAGUUGGAAAGGGAGAAGAGGGAGGCCCAGGCAGCCCGGGAGGCCCAGCAGCAGCUGGCAUUGGUGCAGUCUGAGGUGCAGCGGUUGGAAGGAGAGCUGGACACGGCUCGGAGAGAGAGAGACGCCUUGCAGCUGGAGAUGAGCCUGGUGCAGGCCCGGUUUGAAAGCCAGCGGAUCCAGAUGGAGUCGGAGCUGGCCGUGCAGCUGGAGCAGCGGGUGACAGAGAGGCUGGCACAGGCUCAGGAGAGCAGCCUGCGCCAAGCAGCCUCCCUGAGGGAGCAUCACAGGAAGCAGCUGCAGGAGCUAAAUGGACAGCACCAGCAGGAAUUGUCCUCUCAGUUGGCUCAGUUCAAGGUGGAAAUGACAGAACGGGAGGAGAGGCAGCAGCAGGUGGCCCAGGACUAUGAGCUCAGACUGGCCCGGGAGCAGGCGCGAGCGCGGGAGCUGCAGAGUGGGAGGCAGCGGCUGCAGGAGCAGCGGGCGGAGCUGCUGGAGCGGCUGCAGGCCAUGCUGCAGGCCCACUGGGAGGAGGCAAGCCACCUGCUCAGCACUGCCGCCCUUCCGCCCAGUCCCCCGGUUCCUCCUGCCGGCCCCUCCAGCCCUGGGCCACAGGAACCGGAGAAGGGGGAGAGGAGCAUCUGGACUGUGCCCCCCGUGGCCGUGGCCCUAAAGCCCGUAUUGCAGCAGAGCCGGGAAGCACAGGAAGAGCCGCCUGGGGUGCUGCCACCUGUUCUCUGCAGCCCCUCCCCAGAUCUUAGCCUCCUGCUGGGCCCCACUUUCCAGAGCCAGCAUUCCUUCCAGCCCCUGGAGCCAAAGCCAGAUCUCACUUCAUCCUCAGCUGAGGCCUUCUCUGCAGCUGGGACCUUCCAUCCCGAUCACAGGGCAGAGCGGCCAUUCCCUGCGGAAGAUCCUGGGUCCGACGGGGAUGGCUUCCUGAAGCAAGGGCUGCCGCCCCCUUCCCAGCUGCAGGGCCUCAAGCAUUUUUUGCACCAGCUGCUGGAGACAGCGCCCCAGAGCAACGAGAACCCCUCCAACGACCUGCUGCCCCCUAAGUCUGGUCCUCUGACUGCCCCAUCUUGGGAGGAAGCCCCUCAGGCGCCACGCCUCCCACCCCCGGUCCAUAAAACUAAAGUGCCCUUAGCCAUGGCGUCCAGUCUUUUCCGGGUCCAUGAGCUUCCCUCAGCCCAUUCACAGAGCGGCGGUUCCAGUGAUGGCUGCCCAGAGAGAGGUGGAGAUGGGCUCGCACCCUCGAGGCAGCUGAUGGAGGUGUCCCAGCUGUUACGACUGUACCAAGCUCGGGGCUGGGGGGCACUGCCUGCCGAGGAUCUGCUGCUGUACCUGAAGAGGCUGGAACACAGCGGGACUGACAGCCGAGGGGAUAAUGCCCCCAGAAGGAACACAGACUCCCGCUUGGGUGACAUGCCCCGGAAAGAGAUCCCCUCCCAGGCUCUGCCUCGCCGCCUCGCUACAGCCCCUAAGACUGAAAGACUUCCAGCUCGGAAGAAGAGUGGGCACCCUGCCCCUGGUAGCGUGAGGAGUCGAGGGGGGAUCUGGAGAUAAGUCCCUGGCCUUUCUCUUCUUUGGUCUCUCAUUUUUAUUAUUAUUAUUUUAAUAAAUCUCAGUAGUCUGUAUUAGAGUCUCUGACUCAUAGGAAUUUGGAAAAUGGAGGAUUUAUAGGAAACCACUGUGUGAGGAAACCUCAUUGUUCUAUUUGAGUAUGUUUUUUAUAUGUUUCUAUUUUAUAUUCUGUGGAAAAAGACACGAGUGCUUUGAACGAAAACAGUCUGUGGCUAGGUUUCAGAAGCAUUAGUGAGCUAAAGCCCGGUGUUGCAAGAGUAAAACCCACAGAGUGAUUAGCUCUGGUCGGUAGUGGAAUUAUGGGUGAUUCUUAUUUUCUUCUUUGUACAUUUCUGUAUUUUCCAGCUGCUCUAAAACAAGUAUAUAUUACUUAAUCAGAAAAACACUUUCAAUAAAAGAAUAAUUUAUUGUA